AAAAGAGGGUCUCCGCACUUCCUUCUGUACGAUCUUCUUCUUUAAAAUCCGGACCAAGUGCUCUUUUGUCGUAAAUCUCCAAUCCUCAAAACUCACCUGCACACAAAUAAACCCUUAAUUUUCUUCUUCAUGUACAGGGGGGAAAACAUGGAAGCUUUUGAAAAGCCAACUGAAACCCUUACUGGGGAUAAGUCUUUAGACCAAGAUGCUAAUGAAGGUUCUAAAGCUGGUGGGUUAACGGUUGAAAGAUCAUGGGAAAAUGGUUUUAGGGUUUCUAUAAAUGGAAAGGGAGGUUCUUGUGUUGAUGAAGAUGGUGAGGGACUUGAGGAUUCUGAAUUGAAUGGGGUUUCUUCUUUGUUACAAAUGAAAGGAAGUGUUAGGAACAUUGAUGUUAAUGGUGGAAGGAGUGAUAGUGGUGAAGGGUUUGGCACUCUUUUAGGUGCUGUUGAUGAAAGUAAAGAAAUUGGUGCUGAAAAUGUAUUACCAAACGAUGACGAUGAAAUGGUGGAAUUGGAUGAGAAAGACAAUGGUGGGAAGAUGGUGACGAAUGAAAUAGAUGACGACGAUGGUGAUGGUGGUGGUGUUGGUGGUGAGUUCUCUUCUGGUUAUUUUGUGUGGGGUAAGAUUAAGAGUCAUCCAUGGUGGCCGGGGCAGGUCUAUAAUCCAACUGAUGCUUCAGAUUAUGCGGUGAAAAUGCGGCAGAAGGGAAGACUCCUUGUUGCGUACUUUGGGGAUAGUUCGUUUGCGUGGUGCCUUCCGUCUCAGUUGAGGCCUUUUGAGGAGAAUUUUGAGGAUAUGUCGAAGUUGAGUAGCUCUAAGAACUUUGUCAAUGCUGUACGGACUUCUGUUGAUGAAAUCGGCCGACUUGUUGAGUCGAAGAUGACUUGCUCGUGCGUUCCGAAGGAGAAUUGUAUUGGACUCGACCGACCUUUAGCUGCAAAUGCUGGGAUAAAGGAAGGAGUUCUUGUGCCUGAAGGUGGAAUUGGAAAGGUUUCAGUUGGUCUCUUUGAGCCAAAAGAAGUUCUUGGUAAAUUGAAACAAAUUUCGCAGGCUGUUUCUACGUGUAAUUUGCUUGAAUGUGCAGUGUUGAAGGGUUGGCUUUCAGCUUUUAAUCGAUCAAUAGGGCGCAUUGGAAUGCCGGUGUACUAUGAACCCCUGUCCAUUCUGGAUGUUGAAGAAAAUGUUAGAACUCUUGUUGUGGAUAUGAGUGAUUAUAGUGAGGCAGUGGGAAUCCCAAUCACAGGGCCGGUCGAAGAAGAUUGGAUUUCUUCUUCGUCCUGUCCAAAAUCUGGCCAAGGCAGUCGGACUUUGUUGAGGAGUCUGGAUAUUUCGGAGGAUGCCAUGUAUCACAGGAGGAAGCAGAAAAGCAUUGCUGAAAUUUUAAAAGGUGAUUUAGAUGUACAGGCUCAUAAGGUCUCAAAGUCCAGCAAACCAGCAUCCUCAUCUCGGAGAAAAAAGACGAAAGGCAAUGAUAAAGUUAAUGGUGAUGGUGGAAGUGAUUCGAGUUUCGUACCAAGAAAGGGGAAGGGAAAUGAGCUUUCAGGAUUAAAUGCUGAAGUUGAUUUCAUUGGGGCCAAUGAAGGAAUGGAUAAGGUUUAUUCAUCAAGGGGAAGGAAAACAAAGAUUAAACAAGCAAGCGAUAAUGACGGUGAUAAUCGGGGCAAAGAAGAUACUGAUAACCAACCUGUUUCGACUAAAAGGAAAUUGAAUGUUGGUUCUGGUAUCAGAAGGAUUGAUGCUGAAACUAAGGACCUAUUUGAGAGUGGUUCUUUUACUAGAGAAAGGAAGAAAAGCAAGUACUUAUCUCCUCCUUACACAAGUUCAACUGGGAAGCUAAGGAAAGCCGACAUAGAAGAUGAAUCUGUAGAGGUUUCCAGUGACACCCGAUUCGGGGAGACAAUGAGCAAGGCUACUGACAACCUUGUUACAGGUAAAGGGAAUGAAGUCCCUGAAGAAGUUCAUGCAGAGCAAGAAGCCUUGAAUGAAUCGAAUUUUCUUACACCUAAACGAUACCCGAAUCAGAUGAAUGAUCUUGCAAAAGUUGAAAUUCCUGCUAAUGAAGUUCUAGUUGAAGUCCGAUCCAUGGCUCUUAGUCCUCAAUAUCAAAGGAAAAACAGCUCUUUUGAAUUUGUUGUGGAGUUUUUAUCUGUAUUUAGAAGCUCAGUUUAUCGAGAUGGAUCUGACUACAAAAUGUAUAAUCAGUUCGAGCAUCAGAAAAAGAGAAAAUCUCCGGACUUUUCUACUGUGUCAUCGGGAAGCAACCGAUCUAUGGCUGGUCAUGUUCCCUCUGGACAUAAAUCCCAUAAGAAAAAAGUUGGAAAGAAUGAAGAAACAAAGAUGGGUGAAUCCAAACCCAGACAAGCAACCAGGGCGUCACUGAAGAAAACUGAGAAACCGAAGGCAUAUACUCCUAAAAGGAAGCAAACUGCCAUUGCUGCAGCUGGAAAUGAUUUACCUGCUGCCCUCUUUGUGACAUUCGGCCCUGGAUCCUCAUUGCCUACAAAGGACGAUCUUAUCCGAAUAUACAGCAGAUAUGGAGCUUUAGACAUGGAGGACACUGAUAUGUUCUUCAGUAAUUUCUGUGCUCGUGUUGUCUUCUUAAGAACCUCCGACGCCGAACAAGCCUUCAGCAGUUCACAAAAUGAUAGUCCUUUUGGAUCUGCCAAUGUCAGUUUUCGGCUUCGACUUCACCAGGCUGCAUCAGCUCAUAACAAGACGGAAAUACCAAGUGCCAAAAAACCUUCUCUAGCAAAGGAAAGAUCAACAAAGUCUUUGGCACCUGGAAAUUUGGAGCUGAACUACAUCAAGCAGAAGCUCGAGACGCUGACAUCAAUGCUGGAGACAUCAGAGGAAACAAUGUCAUCAGAGGCUAAAUCCAAAAUACAGAGCGAGAUAAAAGGGCUGUUGGAGAUGGUAAACACAAUGGUUGAAUCAUCAUCAUCUUAGGCAAAAAAGUAGUCACUUUUAGGAUGUAUGGAUAUGUAGAAGUGUAUGUUACGUCAUUGCUGUUACAUACAUUUGGUUAGGAUUUUGUAAGAAAUACUUAGGUAAGUAGUUCAUAGUUACCAUUUGCAUAUGUUGAAAUCAGCACAUGCUAUAUAUAUAUAUAUAUAUAUAUGGCAUAAACUGCAGUAGUUGAAUUCUGUUUUCAUUGGAUACAAAUUCUGUUACUAUUGAGCAUACUGGAAUCAGAUUUUUCUUCUAAA